CUGCUUGGAGAGCGAAGCUGGAAAGACGUGGGGGUGCUUAUCCCUGCGUGGAAACGCUUGCCAAUGCUUUCUCAUUUGGACCCAGACUCCAGAUCGGGAGCAGUCUUAUAGCUGAAUCAGCUACCAAGAGAAGCUCUAAAGCAAGAAGAGAAAAGCACUUCAAUUUGGGACAUUUAUUUGCACCUGGAAAUGGGGAAUGGGCUAUCAGACCAGACUUCUAUCCUGUCCAACCUGCCUUCAUUUCAGUCCUUCCACAUUGUUAUUCUGGGUUUGGACUGUGCUGGAAAGACAACUGUCUUAUACAGGCUGCAGUUCAAUGAAUUUGUAAAUACCGUACCUACCAAAGGAUUUAACACUGAGAAAAUUAAGGUAACCUUGGGAAAAUCUAAAACAGUCACGUUUCACUUCUGGGAUGUAGGUGGUCAGGAGAAGUUAAGGCCACUGUGGAAGUCAUAUACGAGAUGCACAGAUGGCAUUGUAUUUGUUGUGGACUCUGUUGAUGUCAAAAGGAUGGAGGAAGCCAAAACUGAACUUCACAAAAUAACUAGGAUAUCAGAAAAUCAAGGAGUCCCUGUACUUAUAGUUGCUAACAAACAAGACUUGAGGAACUCAUUGUCUCUUUCAGAAAUUGAGAAAUUGUUAGCAAUGGGUGAACUGAGCUCAUCAACUCCUUGGCAAUUGCAGCCUACCUGUGCAAUCAUAGGAGAUGGCCUAAAGGAAGGACUUGAGAAACUACAUGAUAUGAUCAUUAAAAGAAGAAAAAUGUUGUGGCAACAGAAAAAGAAAAGAUGAAUAUCAAUACCUAUUAUAUCUGUGUGGAGUAGGUUUUCUCUGGUCUGAUUUUGACAAAUAGAAGAGUGUCUACAACCUGGUUUGCCUGUCUGCCCUCCUGGAUGCUAUUAAAGCUUUGUUUUGUUGAACAAAAAAAAA